AUGACAACAUCACUGGAAGUGCUUAACAAACAAAUUUAUUGGGCUGCUGAAAGCUACUCUAAAUAUAACAAUUUUCAACUACAACAAGGCAAGAAGUUCGCAGCAAAAGUUGGCGUUAAACAAGAUGAUAAAAUUUUAGAUAUGGGCUGCGGAACGGGAGAGCUGACCUUGUGUAUCGGAGAGAUUGUUGGAGAAAAAGGUCGAGUGGUUGGUGUUGAUCCGGACAUAGGAAGAAUUCACUACGCCAUUCAACACAAUUAUAAAGUGAAUAAAAAUAUAUCAUUUCAAAAUGGUGACAGUUCAAGUGAAUUUGUACAGCGAAACAAAUCCUUCUACGAUAUCCAUUUCAGCAAUUUUUCCUUUCAAUGGCUUACAUUAGAUGAAAAGAAAAUGUUUUUGCAAACGGCUUUCGAAUGUCUGAAACCAAACGGGACAAUAGCUCUCCAGAGUCACGAAGCCUAUCCGGAAAUAGCUCUCUAUGUGGAAAGCCUAAUCUCAAAGAGACAGAACGCUUUGAAGAAUAUUAAUGAUAAGAAACCGAUUCAAUUUUUUUAUGUCCAAAGCUGA